AAGAGAACAGCAAUCAGCUAAAAACGAACAGCAUCAUCUGCUCAAUUCGAUUCGUAUUUUUUUUCGUUCAGCUAGGCUAGCGUGAUAUUUAUAUUGCAGAAGUGAAAUUUAAUUUUGUUUACGUUGGGCCACAAGAAAAGAAAAAUCAAAGAAACAGUAGCAAAAGAGAAGAAAAGUGAAAAUUGUUCUUUGCCGAAGCGAAACGGAGACGACGAAUAAUGAGUGUGUGUGUGCCGUCGCGUACUUGAAUCGAAUGUGGACCGAUCUGUGGAUCCACCUACUUACUGCUGCACCCCCGCAGAAGCCAUGCAAAACGAUGAUAUAUUAUUGUGUUUUAUUCCGCAAUGGAAGAGGCUUCUUUAACAAUCUGUGAGUGGCGUUGCCCGAGAACGUGAACGUGAACCAAAAAGGAGGACAAGUGGCAGAAGAAGAACUAGAUGUGGAUGUGCGUGCUAGCCAGUAAGACAAGUUAACAGAGACACUGACACUGACCCCCCACCCCACCGCACCCCACCCGACAAUCCACAAACACAUCGUCAUCGCCUCAUCGCCAAGCAACCGCCUCAUCAUGGCCAUCAAAGACUUUAGCAUACAAUUGCUAAUCACAUUAUUGCUCAUCGGAGCCCUGCUUGGCCAGCAGUUGCCCCCCGAAGAGACCAGCAGCAGCAGCAGCAGCAGCAGCAGCACAACAGCACCUGGGCCGGCACGACCGCCGCCCCGCGUGAAGCUCAACAAAUGCUGCCAUUUGGGGGAAUAUCUGAAUGCCACCACCCGCUCCUGCAUAGCCGGCAAUUCGGAACUGUGGGUGCCCAUGGUGUAUCUCAUACAGCAGCAGCGCUUCUUUGAGCCCAUCGGCGCCAGUCCCCGCUUCAUGAAGUUCACCGCCCACGUGCGACCCGUCUGCCAGGAGCAGCAGCUGGAGCUGUUUAGCAGUCGGCUGGGCAAUGCCUUCAUUUUCCCCAAUGGCACGUUGUCGGUGCGCGAACGCCUGAUACUGGUGGAGCCACAAAACUAUUGCGUCGAUCGGGACGUGGCGUUGGUCUGCCUCGAAGCGCCCGCGGCAGGAGCAAUCAAUCGAGAGAAUGCCCUUGCAACGGGAAACGAGACAGCAGCCGCAUCCCUGGUGACGCAGCCUGCCACGCUGCGCAUGCGCAAAUGCUGUGGCAAGUGGGGCAGCUACGACACCAGCCUCAAGACCUGUAACCUGCAGCCCAGUCCCCCCACCGACGGCCAGCUCCGGCUGGGCCCGCAACUACCGGAGGGCAGCUAUCAGACCAGCUACGGCCUGCCCGAGUGCGUGAGCGUGGGAGUAGGCAUCAAUGCAAAUGCAAAUGCAAAUGCCAAUGUCGGCUAUGCCAUUGCCGGCGACUGGCGCGAUGCUCAGCUGAAUCGCUCCUCGGGCGAGAUCCGGCUGUCGCAUCACACGAAUCUCAGUGCCAGCCAGUACUGCCUGGAGCACACGCAACGCGAGGGUGAGGUGAAAAUCAUUGCCUGUUCGCAUCACUUCUCAAACGCCCAGCACGGCGACGGGCAGGAUGGGGGCUCUAGCGGACUGGACGAGGAUGGCCAAAGCUCGGGCAUGCGACUACAGAAAGCCGUACUAACCGGCGGCAUACUCAUUUCGGUGGUGUUUCUGGCGGCCACACUGGUGGCUGGCUUUAUGCUGCCCGCCGUCCAUCAUGCCCUGCAUUGGCGCUGUCAGAUCUGCUACGUCUUCUGCCUACUGGUGGGCAAGGUGCUGCUGGCCAUCGAGGAGCUCAACACCUCGCUGAUGCCGGGAUCCGUGGCCUGUCUGCUGCUGGCCGUUGGCAUGCAGUUCUUCUUCCUGUCGGCCUUCUUCUGGCUGAACACGAUGUGCUUCAAUAUCUGGUGGACGUUCCGGGACUUUCGGCCGAGCUCCCUAGAACGGAAUCAGGAGGCACUGCGACUACUCCUCUACUCCGUGUACGCCUGGGGCGUGCCCCUGCUGAUCUCAACGAUAGCCGCCUGUGUGGACCAGCUGCCGGAGACGACGCUGCUGAGGCCGGGCUUUGGGCAGCUCUAUUGCUGGUUCGACAAUCGAUCGGUCUCGAUUUUUGCCUACUUUUACGGACCCAUUGGGCUGCUGCUGUGCGCCAAUAUUGCCCUGUUCAUCUCCACCACCCACCAACUGACCUGCGGCCUGUGGAAGCGGGACGAUGUCAAGUCGUCCACGGAAAAGUCAGCCCUAGGCAAGGUCUGCCUCAAGCUGGUCGUCGUUAUGGGCGUCACAUGGAUAGCGGACAUUAUGUCGUGGCUGGUGGGCGGGCCCCAUGGCGCCUGGUUCAUUACCGAUCUGAUCAAUGCCCUACAGGGUGUCUUCAUUUUCAUUGUGGUGGGAUGCCAGCCGCAGGUGUGGACCGCCUGCCGGCGCAUCUGCUGUCCACGGCUCCGUCACGACAUCACCAACACCACCAAUGGGGUCCAGCACUCGAGCAGCUCCCAGGGCCUGCCCUCGAUGGCCGGCUGCGGGACAGAGUUUACCCAAAACACCACCACGAUGCAGUGCUCGGCCAGCUCGACGGCCCCCAGCAGUCUCUCCCCACCAAGUGGCGAUGCCACCACAGCUCCACCAACGACGACAACAACGAACCCCACAAUGCCUCCGCCCACUGCGAAGAUGGAAACCGUUUGCUAAAGAAAACUGGAGACGAGACGAGCGACAAUGCGAAAGUAAACCCCCUCCCUCUUUCGAUCCCAUCCCGAGUCCAACGAAAAUAAUGGCAAUGGAGCUGGGGGACCGUAGUAUCGUAUCCGAGGCACACUUGCGCAAUAGCAGCAACGGCAGCAACAGCGUAACCAACAUUCAAGCACGCGCAUUGACCGGCCCAGCUAAUUGUCUAUGUGUUUGAGAGUGUGUGUAAAAGUGAGUGUAUGUGUGUGACCGUCUUGCGCGUGAUUUUGAAAUCAGCCAACAGGCGGCAGCAGAAGCAGGGGCAGCGGUAGCGGUAGCGGCCAAUG